CAACAGAAGUGCAGACGAGUGGUUAUACCGCUGGGACAAGCGCGGGCAAGUCUUAGAAACACGUCCCUCGUUUUCCCCCGCAUAGGUCGUAACGCCAAAUUAAUUAAAAUAAAAUAAAAUAAAAAGUUAAGUUACGAUAUAUAUAUAUAUAUACACACACAUGCCCACUAUAUAUCCAUGUUUCGUUUUAUCUCUUCCAUUACCGGACCCAUCUCACCCUGCUUCCAUUUCAGAAUGAGACCCGGUUAUUGAUUUCUAAUUUAAGGGCAGCAAGGAAAGAAAUGGGUCAAGACGUUUUACAGUCUAUAAGUAAAAGGCAUGCUAAUUUCCGUUUAUGCGAUGUUUCCAGUUACACAACUGAGUUACUGGAGGUUCAAGCUGGUGAUCCAACAUUUCAUGUUCUACUGAUCCCUGGAAAUCCAGGUGUUGUUUCAUUUUAUAAAGAUUUUGUGGAAUCGCUUUAUGAGUUUCUUGGAGGAACUGUAUCCGUGACAGCUGUUGGCCACGUAUCUCAUACAAAGAAGGAUUGGGAGCAUGGAAGGUUGUUUUCAUUGCAAGAACAGAUUAAUCAUAAGAUGGACUUCAUCAAACAGGAAUUGCAAAAUAAUGGAAUUCCUAUAGUAUUGGUUGGACACUCCAUCGGUUCAUAUAUAUGUAUUGAGCUGUUCAAGAGAGCUCCAGAGAAGGUGAGAUAUUGCAUUGGACUAUAUCCAUUUUUGGCCUUAAAUCAAGAAUCCAAGGCACAAGCUAUUAUUGGGAAAAUUGCAGCGUCUCCAACUCUAAGUUUGGUCAUUUGUUUUAUAGUUGCAUUGUUGGGAAUGUUACCAAUCUGUGCCUUGAGGUUAAUUGUGAAACAGUCUUUUGGGAAGUCAUGGUCGGCCACUGCAGUUGACUCUGUUUGCUCACACUUGGUAAAGUACCAUACCAUACGGAAUAUUCUCUUCAUGGCAAUGACAGAAUUCAAAAAGCUUUCAGAAGCACCAGAUUGGGCAUUUAUGAGAGCCAAGUGUGAUAAAAUUGCAUUUCUGUUUGGUGUCGAUGAUCAUUGGGGUCCACUUCAAAUGCAUGAAGAGAUUUGCAAGGAGGUCCCAGAAAUCGCUCUAUCAAUUGAGAGAGAGGGUCACACCCAUGCUUUCGGUUGCACUGAGGCUGGCUCACUAUGGGUUGCACAGUAUGUAGCAGGCUUGAUCAAGAAUCAAAUACCAAGAUCAAGCCAGUAAGAUCCAAAUAUGUUUUUAGCAGGAGACUAUUGGUUUGAGUUUCUGGUAGUCAUAAAUGUAUGGAGGGUUUAGACGCUUAUAAUGCAUAAAAUUCUUACCAUUUCCAUGUUCUCUGUUUAUUUAAAGUUAAUAAUAUUUAUCAGUACCUUUUGGAGCA